UUGCUUUCCCUUUCAUGGUAUAAAACAAGUACGCAUCCGACCAUCGUUCAUUUUUUUUUUUGAAUAAUCAGGAAAAACCCAAGGAGUAGAAGAUGGAGAACGUGGAGGAAUCGACGAAUGAAAUGGAAGAAGAAGUAGGGAAGGUGAUGGAGCAAGCCAGAGAGUUGCAAGAAGCAGGCGCUGGCCUCAUAUCCAUGAUAUCCAACGACGAGCAAUCUCUUCGCCUAAAGGCGAAUUCUCUCGAUUCCUCUAUUCGCCACCUCCGUUCCUCCAUUACUACCGUUCUCUCUCAGAAGCUUUUGGAUCCCAAACUUGCAGACAAGCUGGAAGAGGAUUUACAGACAGCGAUAUGUAUUAUUACCGAUGGAGACGCUGCUGGUUUUCUUCCUGCCAAUGCUCAGGGUUGGUAUCUAAGGAUGUUUCUGGGACCAAUCAGUGUUCGUGCAUCUCGCAAAGAGAUCCAGUUGAAAGCUAAGGAGGAAUAUAACAGCUACAGAGAUAGGACUGCCUUAAUGUUUAUUCUUUUUCCAUUAAUUUUGCUUAUUUUACGAUCGUGGAUAUGGGAAGGAUGCUUGCCUGCAUUUCCAGUUCAGUUGUACGAGGCAUGGUUGUUGUUCCUUAACACUGGUUUGGCUUUGCGAGAGAACAUAUUGCGAGCAAAUGGAAGUGACAUUCGUCCAUGGUGGAUAUACCAUCACUAUUUUGCUAUGGCUACUGCCCUUGUUAGUCUCACUUGGGAGAUCAAAGGACAGCCUAAUUGUGGUCAAAAGCAGCGAGGUGUAGAACUUUUCCUUCAAUGGGCUAUGAUGCAAGGAGCUGCCUUGCUUCUACUAAAUCGAUAUCAGCGCCGGAGACUAUACACUCGGAUUUCCCUAGGAAAGUCUAAUAGCAUGAAUGUUGCUCGGAGAGAAACAACCGGUGUAGAUUGCCAGUUGUGGGUCUUAUGUCCAAUACUUUUCGUUAUGCAGGGUUUUGAGGCAUAUGUCGGACUACUACUGCUGAAGACUGCAUUUGCCCGCGUUGUUACAGAAUGGCAGAUAAUAUUUUGUGGGAUCAUAUUGGUAAUUCUGGCUGUUGGGAACUUUAUAAACACGGCACAGACAUUGAUGGCGAAGUCAAGGUUUAAGGGAACGAUGAAGAAGAGUAAGAGCAGGCGGGAGUUAUAUUAGAGUCUUGCUCUUCUGUUUAUUUCUUAGGAUAAUUCUUAUAUAUCUUUUUUUCCUUUGAGAAAAAUUUUCACAAAUAAUUUGGCUUGUUUUGUAAUUAAUUUCGUUUCACAGAUUAAAAGCCCAAAAAAGGGCUUUUAAAUCUUAUUUUUUGUCAGACAUUAGGUUGUUGUCCUUACCUUUUAAUAUUUAAUAAUGAAAGUCACGAUUAAUAACACUAA